GAUGCAUAGACUUUUCAGCCUAAAAGAGUAUAUACCCAAUCAGCCACCCAAAAACCCAACAAAAACAAAUCCAGGUUUCUUCCAUAAAUCCCAUUUAAUUUGAGAGACUAAAUUCAUUUAAUUCAAAAAUAUCAUUUAUUACAAAGUUGGUGUCUCUGCCUAUAUGUGAAAAUCACUUAAACUAUUUCACUGGUUUUCUGUCUUUCCUAUUAGCUUUACAAAAAUUUGCUGUAUUUAUCCUCCAAACAAUAGAUUAAUUGAGUUUUAGCAUUCAUAUAUUUAAAAGAAUAAAAAAUAAUACAUGGACUUUUCAGCCUAGAAGAGUAUAUACCCAACCGGCCAACCAAAAACCCAAAUAAAUGAAUCCAGGUUUCGUCUAUAAAACUCCCAUUUAAUUUGAGAGAUUACCUGCACAAACCAUCUUCUUUACCUACCUUCAUUUCCCCUCUUUCUGUCACUUCACAAUCAUGGAUGCCCUAUUCACUAUUUUCCUGCUUCUCAUCCCAGUCUUCCUUCUCCUCACAAGAUGGAGAAGAUCAUCAAAAAGGCUGCCUCCAGGUUCACUAGGAAUACCCAUAAUAGGCCAAAGCAUUGGCCUUCUCCGAGCUAUGCGUGCCAACACAGCGGACGAGUGGCUGCAACAAAGAGUCAGAGAGUAUGGUCCAAUUUCAAAGCUAAGUCUCUUUGGAAAACCAACAGUUUUCAUUCAUGGACAGGCUGCAAACAAGUUUGUAUUCAACAGUGACAGCAGCAUCAUCACCAAUCAGCAAACUGAGUCUCUUCGGAUGAUUUUGGGUGAGAAGAAUAUAUUUGAACUGAGCGGCUAUGAUCACAAGCGUGUCAGAGACGCACUGCUAUUGUUCUUGAAGCCUGAGUCACUGAAGCAGUAUGUGGGAAAAAUGGAUGGAGAAAUCAGGAAGCACCUUGAGAUGCAUUGGCAUGGCAAGCAACAAAUAACAGUCCUUCCCCUGAUGAAGAUCCUAACAUUCAACAUAAUAUGCUCUCUUCUUUUUGGGAUUGAGCAAGGAACACGAAGGGACAAAUUUUUGGAGUGUUUUCAACAAAUGAUAGAAGGAAUGUGGUCAGUGCCUCUUAAGUUGCCUUUCACACGUUACAACCAGAGCAUCAAGGCAAGCAUAAGGGUCCAAAACAUGAUUAAAGAACUUGUACAGGAGAGAAGAAAGGAACUCGAGCAGGAAGGUGCUUCUCCACGGAAAGACCUUAUCACCUGCAUGCUUAGCAUCCGAAACAAAGACAAUGAAGAAAUACUAACAGAAAUGGAGAUUGUCCACAAUGUUAUGGUAUCCAUGGUUGCGGGAUAUGACACUACAUCUGGUCUUCUUACUUUCAUAAUGCGCUUUUUAGCUAAUGAACCUGCCAUUUACGCAGCUGUUGUUCAAGAACAAGAAGAGAUAGUUAAAAGCAAGCCCUCGGGAGAGUUUCUGACAUGGGAGGACCUUGCUAAGAUGAAGUACACAUGGAAAGUAGCAUUGGAGACUCUGAGGAUGGUUCCUCCUGUGUUUGGUGGCUUCAGGAAGGCUCUGAAAGAUAUCGAAUAUGGCGGUUACCUCAUCCCUAAAGGAUGGCAAAUAUUCUGGGCUUCAUCAAUGACUCAUAUGGACACUAGCAUAUUCAAAGAACCAUCAAAAUUUGAUCCCAGUAGAUUCGAGAAACAAGCAUCAGUUCCACCCUACUGCUUUGUUUCAUUUGGAGGAGGACCGCGGAUAUGUCCAGGAAACGAGUUUGCAAGGAUUGAAACUCUUGUUGCAGUACAUCAUCUUGUCACUAAGUUCAACUGGAAGCUAUUAGCGGACAAUUCUUAUUUCAGGGAUCCCACGCCGAUACCAGCACAAGGAUUGCCAGUUCAAAUCAGCCCAAAGAAACCACUGUAAAUCUGUAAUAUUCAGUUUUCAAUCACCAGAAUUGUAGCCAUGCCUACUUCUAAAAGACACCAAACUCCUUACUUCCAAAUUCUCAAACCAAGGUUGGAAAACUUGUACAACAAUUAUCAUGUUGCACUGUGUUAAAUUAUCAAAUAAAGCCUAUUAUUAAAUUUUCUG